AUGAAUUAUUCAAAUAAUCAUUUCGUUCGUAGAAACUCUAUAAUUAACAAUACUGAAGACGACGGGUCGUCUUCUUACAAUGAUUAUCUUCCUCACAAGUUGUGUCCCGCAGGCGGAUUACAUGAUUUCGAGAAAGAGUGGUUAUUUGAAGAUUAUCUGACAGCAUGUCUUUGUUGUCCUUGUUAUUUAUUUAAAGAAUGUUGUUUCGGGUACUUUAAUAGAAAUCCUUUGGGUGACGGUUAUAAUGGCGUGGGUUGUAGACCAACAGGACCGGGAAUAUGUUCAAAAUGUAAACAAUCCGAGCAACAGGCAAAAGAUUCUUAUGCACUUCGACAAUUUCAAGCUCAUACAGGCGCAGGCGUGCAUACAUCGUCACCGCCACGCGUGCAGGCACCCGUGCAAUACGAUGUUACUCAUCAAAUGGUAUACCGUCCUCAAAUGACAUUUGCUCCCCAAACUCAAAUCCAUCCUUCAACGAUAUUUAAUCCUAACGGCGAUGGUCGAAAUCUUCUUAAUAAUCUUAGUAGUACUUCGCAUGAUCAAUCUAUAUAUCCCAGCAGUGGACAAUUCAUAAAUUACAGUCAAUUUCAGAAUAAUCGUGUUAUGGGUCCAAAUUUUGAUAACAGGAAUUAUCAUCAUAAUUAUUUAUCCUAG